ACCUUUUUUCUACACUAUACUAGAGGUUCACACACAUUGUCUGUUACUCCACCCUUCUUGAUUCAUUUCUGGCAUUUGAGGAUACCCUAUACUCGACCGCCGUAUCUUACCCACACACUACCACCUCUACGAUGCUUAUUCCCACGAUUCUCACGUUCCUCACCCUCUUUACCACCGCCCUCGCACGUCCCACAGCAGAACUCGCAAAUGUGUACGUAUGCGAGCACAUAAACUGGGGCGGCGCAUGCGUCAACGUCCUCUACGCCAUCGACUCGGGCGACUGCGUCUCGCUCGACGGAACAGCAAGCUCAAUACGCCCGGACAAGGGGUUUAGCUGCACGUUUUACAAGAAUGGCUCCUGCCGCACUUUCGACGGCAGCGCCUCGCUCAAGCUGCAGGACCCAGGGAGCGCGGAUCUGACGAAAGAGGCUGGCGAGUGGAACGAUGCGGCCAGGGGGUUUCAGUGUUUUAGGUUGUGAGACCCACGAAUGGAUGGGGAAAAGGAUGAAUUAUCGUAAUGUAAUGUAAUG